AUGGAGAAGGACAAGGCGUCACAUGCGAGCCCAAGCAUUGAAGUGAAUGAAUUUGUUGUUCAAGGAGAGAUAUCAAUAGAUGACUCGGAAAGGUCCAUCAAGAGUAACAGCGUUAGCAUUAGCGAUGAUGAAGAUAGCAAGACAGAUGCUCUAGAUAACAUAGCCACGCCGUCCUCAUUUCAAACAAAUUUAGCAAUUGAUAAUAAACUAUUAGAUAAAAAUCCACAGUACGAGAAACUUUUCACUGAUAAGAGAAGACGUCGAAGGCCAGAAAUCUGUAAUAGUCAUCCAACCAAAGCAGAAGACACUGAAACAAAAAACGGCAUUAGUGAUCAGUUUUACCGCAUUAAAGUUCUACUAGGCUCAGAUUUAAACUCAUUAAAGGAUUCUUUAUGGAUAGUAAGGAUUUCCUCACAACAAAAUGUGGAAAAAACUAUUGCAAGAGGGUUCACUGACUUCUAUUGGUUGUACCAUCAAUUGCAAAAUAAUCACUGGGGAAAAACUAUCCCUCCGCCUACUAGAUCCAAUAUUCUUGUUGAGAAGGAUGAGUUUGCAAUAAACCAUCUCUUUAUGAUACGUAACAACGAGAAGUAUGACCCAGUUUUCAAUUUCAAACCAGAGCAUAUAAUAUCAAUACAGUUAAUGAGGAUGAUUAAGCACAUAUUCAACGAUACUGUUUUGCGUUCGGAUUCAAACUUUAUAGAUUUUAUCGGUUGGGAUGAUAUUCUUCCUGAAAAUUCACAAAUGGUUAUCGAUGGCAAUACCAUUACAGGGGAUAAAGUAAUAAUGUCGCCUUCUCAAUUCCAAGAAUUAAAAGAGUUUCAUAAACAAUCAAAAAGAGUUGAAUCAAUGACAAAUUCUCACGCUUCGUUAGUACCGAUAACAGAACUCACUGAAACUUAUAUAAGCCCAACAAAGCUUUUCUCUAGAAAAGAUUACCAGAGACUUUUUCAGCCUCAAAGCACCGAAAACACCUUUAAUAACAACGACCCGUUGAUUCAAGAAUGGAUACCUAGAAACAAGACAUUAUUCACUAGCUUAUCAUUUGGUUCGAGUACACCUACUUAUAAAGAAACUUCUGCUGAGAUACAAGCGUGCCAUGACUGGGUAGGUGUAUGCAAGGAGCAGUGGAAACAAUUAAUCUAUCAUGUAUUAGAGUAUAUUGUAGAUGAGACAAUGAAGGUGAAUUCUGUUCUCAACGAAUUUACAAACUGUCUUAAACAAAUUUCCUCAGAAGAAGUCAUCAGAGCAAACUCUGAGUUGUUCUCAAAAUUCUCUAUAUUGAAUGAAGUUUUCCUACAAAAAUUCAAAGGUGUCUCACGAGAAGACAUAGUGAAACUGAUCAUAUUAUUUGAUGAGAAUGUAAGAUUUUGCGAGUCAUAUGAAUCCAUUUUAAACCGUAGAUCGAAGCUGGGUAGAAUACUAAGCAUCAUUGAAAUGGAUCUAGGCAAAAAAAAAAGUAAUCUCGACAAGUUAUCUCUUGGAAAUAACAACAAUAAUAGUGAAGACCCUAAAAGGUGUACAGCAGAAGAGGAAUACCGAAUUGUAUCAAAAAGGUAUAACCAUGUUAACCGAUGCUGGUGCAAAAUUAUGGAGGAUAUUUUAAACGAACGAAAGAUAUUUGAGGAAAGAGAAGCCAUUGAGAUUAAGAGAUGCUUCGAAUCAAUAAGGGAUUCAAACAUAGAGGAAAAGAAACAUUAUUUAAAAUUAUGGGAAGACUUUAUAUCAAACGAGCAUGAAGAUCAAUGA